AUGCGUCGAGCGGCUCUGCGGACCGCCCAAUCUAUUGGUCCGAUUUUACGCAGCCAGCGUGCGAACACCAGAGGUUUAGCCAGCACAUCAACGAUAGCCCAGGACCCCGCUGACUUGGAUCAAAUCACAACCCUCAAAAAUGGCAUCCGAGUGGCUAGCGAAUCCCUACCAGGCCCCUUCUCCGGCGUUGGAGUCUACGUUGACGCCGGGUCCCGAUACGAAGACGACAGCAUCCGCGGCGUAAGCCAUAUAAUGGAUCGACUCGCAUUCAAAUCCACAAAGUCACGAUCCGCCGACGAAAUGUUGGAAGCGCUAGAGUCUCUGGGCGGGAACAUACAAUGUGCGUCGUCUCGGGAGUCUCUGAUGUAUCAAUCCGCCAGUUUUAAUUCCACCGUGCCCACGACGUUGGGCUUAUUGGCGGAGACGAUUCGUAAUCCGUUGAUUACAGAGGAAGAGGUAGAGCAGCAACUGGAGACGGCGGAGUAUGAGAUCAGCGAGAUUUGGAACAAACCCGAACUGAUUCUCCCGGAGCUCGUGCACAUGGCUGGAUUCAAGAACAAUACGCUGGGAAACCCGUUGCUGUGUCCUCAGGAAAGAUUGGCAGAGAUUAACAAAGCCGUGGUGGAGAAAUAUCGAGCAACGUUUUUCCGACCGGAGAGGAUAGUCGUUGCGUUUGCGGGUGUUGCGCAUGAGGAAGCGGUAAGGCUUACGGAGCAUUAUUUUGGGGAUAUGAAAUCCGCCGAAGGUCCCGCGCUUCAUGGCAAAGGGGUGGAAUCUACGCUAUCGGGGGAGAAAGAGGGGGAGUUGCCUACUAUUCAUCUCAGCACGCCGACUGCAAAUGUCACGACUAAUGCUCAAGCCGGAACGUCGCAGCCCAAUAUUUUGUCGAAACUCCCGUUUUUCAAAAAUCUAUCUUCUGCCGCUCCUAACACCGCGACGGUCAAAGCACUUGAUCCGUCGUUGCUUGAACCGUCCUCAGUUAAUCUGACUCGCGCCGCGCAUUAUACUGGUGGUUACUUGACACUACCGCCCAUCCCCCCUCCUGCGAACCCGAACCAUCCUCGAUUGAGUCAUAUCCACUUGGCAUUCGAAGCCCUCCCCAUCUCUUCCCCCGAUAUCUACGCACUUGCGACUCUACAAACAUUGCUGGGUGGUGGCGGUUCCUUCUCAGCCGGUGGGCCCGGAAAGGGCAUGUACUCCCGGUUGUACACAAACGUACUGAACCAGCACGGCUGGGUCGAAAGCUGCAUCGCCUUUAACCAUAGCUACACCGACAGCGGUCUAUUCGGUAUCUCGGCGUCGUGCAGCCCAACGCGCACUCCACAGAUGCUAGAGGUCAUGUGCCGCGAACUCCAAGCCUUGACCCUGGACAAAGGAUUCUCAGCAUUACAAAUGCCCGAAGUCAACCGCGCAAAGAAUCAGCUCCGGUCGUCGCUUCUAAUGAAUCUAGAGUCUCGCAUGGUCGAGUUGGAGGAUCUUGGACGCCAGGUGCAGGUACACGGACGCAAGAUUGGUGUUAAAGAGAUGUGCGAUCGUAUUGAGGCUUUGACGAUAGAUGAUCUGCGACGUGUCGCGAGACAAGUGUUUGGCGGACAGGUCCAUAAUCCCGGAAAGGGGACGGGCAAGCCGACGGUUGUCGUUCAGGAAGGCGAACUGGAAGGGUAUAGCCCGCGCGCAUUCCCAUGGGACGAGAUCCAGGAUCGGAUUUCCAAGUGGAAGCUCGGAAGGCUGUAG